AUGGAGAAGAUCAGCCUCGUCUUGGUGGCGCUCCUGCUCUGUACCGCGGUUCCGAGGCCCUCCCUCGCCAAAGGCGUCUCCUUCGCCUCCCUCCGCCGGACUCUCAUCGUCUCCGCCUCGCCUAAACAGGGUCAAGGUAUGGGACCGAUCACCCUCCAUGGCUGGCAGAGUUUUUCUGAUUCUGGCCUUCUGCUAAAUGGAGUGCUCUCUGUCAUCUCUGGCGAACCAUAGGGCAGAGCUUUUGAAUUCUCUCGCCUUCUUCCCCAAAGCUCGCCUUCUGCCCUAAUUGAUCGGUGCUUCUCUUCGACAGUGCUGAGGGCGGGCGAGGACACCAUCACGGUGACCUGGGCGCUGAACCAGAGCCUCCCUGCCGGCACCGACGCGGCGUACAAGAAGAUCAAGGUGAGGCUCUGCUACGCGCCGGCGAGCCAGAAAGACCGCGGGUGGCGGAAGACCAAGGACGACCUCAGCAAGGACAAGACCUGCUCCUUCGCCAUCACCGCCCAGCCCUACGCCGGCGGCGACCGGAGCAACUUCACCUACCUGGUGAGCAAGGAGCUCCCCAGCGGCACCUUCUUCGUGCGGGCCUAUGCUGUCGACGCCGCCGACGCAGAGUUGGCCUUCGGGCAAACCACCAACGCUGGCAAGACCGAGAACCUCUUCAACAUUGAAGGCAUCUCCGGCCACCAUGCCUCCCUGGACGUCGCCGCCGCCUGCUUCUCCGCCUUCUCCAUCCUCGCCCUCGUCGCCUUCUACGUUCAAGAGAAGAGGGGCGCUAAGAAGAAGUAG